AUGAAGCAGCUCCUGAUGCAUUUAGCAGAAGAUCGACAGGGCGUCUUGUGGAUCUUCUUCGGGAUCAUCACGGCGGUCGACCAUAGCACAGAAGCAGCAAGAAUGGGUGUUCUUGACAUUGUCCCUGCCGGUGUCGUCUCCGGAAAGGACGUUUACAAGGUCUUCGACUACGCUCGCGAGAACAAGUUUGCCAUCCCCGCUUUCAACGUCACGCUUGCUCUUAGGGACACAUGCCGUGUCUGCGGUCGUUUUCGAACGUACACUGACUUCAUACCCCUCGAUCUCGCAUUUCCUGCCGUUCGCAAAUUUGCAAACAAACAGUCGUCUUCUGUCGCCAUCUCGGCUCUCGAGGCUGCCCGUGAUGCCAAGUCGCCCUUGAUCCUCCAGGUCUCGCAGGGUGGUGCCGCCAACUUUGCCGGCAAGGGUCUCUCCAACUCGAACCAGGAGGCUUCCAUCACCGGUGCCAAGGCUGCCGCCCUCUUCAUCCGUGCCGUCGCCCCUGCGUACGGCGUUCCCGUCAUCAUGCACUCGGACCACUGCGCCAAGAAGCUGCUCCCCUGGUUCGACGGCAUGCUCGCCGCUGACGAGGAGUACUACAAGGAGCACAACGAGCCGCUCUUCUCUUCGCACAUGCUCGACUUGUCCGAGGAGCCCAAGGAGGAGAACAUCGAGACGUGCCUCAAGUACCUCAAGCGCAUGGCUCCCAUGGGCAUCUGGCUCGAGAUGGAGAUCGGCAUCACCGGUGGUGAGGAGGACGGUGUCAACAACGAGGGUGUCGACAACGCUUCGCUCUACACCCAGCCCGAGGACAUCUGGGACAUCUACCGCCAGUUCUCCGAGGUCACCCCCAACUUCUCGAUCGCCGCUGGUUUCGGUAACGUCCACGGUGUCUACAAGCCCGGAAACGUCUCGCUCCAGCCCGAACUGCUCGGCAAGCACCAGGAGCACGUCCGUGCCCAGAUCAAGAGCGACAAGGAGAACCCCGUCUUCUUCGUCUUCCACGGCGGCUCCGGCUCCGAGAAGCACGAGAUCACCACCGCCGUCAAGCACGGUGUGGUCAAGAUGAACGUCGACACCGACACCCAGUGGGCCUACCUGUUGGGUAUCCGCGACUACGUCUUGAACAAGAAGGACUACCUGAUGAGCCAGGUCGGCAACCCGGACGGUGCCGACAAGCCCAACAAGAAGUUCUUCGACCCCCGUGUUUGGGUGCGGGAGGGUGAGAAGACCAUGGCUACCCGUUGCAAGGAGGCCUUCAAGGAUCUUGGUUCUGAUGGCAAGCUCUAG